UGCUUGUCCCGAGAUGAUGGUUGUCUUUUGGGCCGGAAAUGGGCCAGUUGCAGGGUCGUUUCCCCUCGGACGACCCGGCCUGUUGGAUAAUAGAGUGUUUUAGUCAAGUACCGAGGCUCCUGCGGCGAAACUUGAGGGUUGUUUUGGCCUAGUAAAGAAGAUGGAUAGUGGGUUGUUAUCUCUGAAGUGGAACAACCAUGGAUCUACGUUUUUCCAUGUCUUGUCAACAAUAAGGAGAAAGGAGUCCUAUUGUGAUGUGACGCUGGCCUGCGAUGGCAAAUUCUACCCUGUGCAUAAACUGGUUCUAUCUACAUGUAGUGAAUAUUUUGAGGAAAUAUUUAAUAGAACUCAGUGCAAACAUCCUGUGAUAGUGCUAAAAGAUAUAAAACAUGAAGAGCUUGAAGCUCUUCUUAAUUAUAUGUACCUAGGGGAAGUAAAUGUUUUACAAGCAGAUUUAGCUGGACUAAUAAAAGCUGCUGAGUGUUUAAGAAUUAAAGGACUGGCUGUGCCAGAUGAAGCCCCAACAUCUAAAAGUGCAACUAAAGACAGUAAAAGGAGCGCGAGCUCCAGAGACAGUAGUCCACCACACAACAAAAGAGUGCGACACGAUGAAGAGAGUCGAAGGACGUCCAUUUCUGGUCAGAACCUGGAGGAUCCCAGGAGCCUUAGAGAACCCCCUUCUAGAGAGUCGAGAGAUAUAGCACGUCCAAACACAGGGAGGCUUGCGUCUCCAUCUUCCGGCGAAGGGUUUGCCAAUUCCGCUUUCACCCAGUCUGGUCAUAAUCAAGAAAAUAAUAGAGACAGCAGAGGUCCCACGCCCGAUGCUGAAAGACAGAAGGAGUCAAGACAAAAAGAAGUGCCACAAACUUCAUCCCCUAGUCAUGUAGAGGUGCUUGUACAGGAUGAACCAGUAGUCAAAACAGAAGUGUUAGAGGAACCUAAGGCAGAAGAGGAAAAUGAAGAGGAUGUCAUGAACUCUGAUAAUAGUAUGGCGUAUGACCAACUGGCAUCAGGCAUGCAAGGUGACGGGGUAUCAGAAAGUCAGCAAAGUUUUGAUCCUCAAGUUUUGACGUCACAACCACAAACUAUGGAAGAGCUGGUUGCACAAGCCAUGCCAGGGACUUCUGGUAUACAGGGGGACUCCAUGGUUGGGUGGGGUGCAGGUCAGGGUGGAGGAGGCGGGGGUGACCUGUCUAGGUUUUCCCUCGAGGCAUUCCAGCUUGAAGAUUCCCAGAGUGGCUCGCAGGGGUCGACGCAGCAACAGAUGGGUGGUGGAAGCAAGUCAGCAGUGUGGGCGAGAGCCUUGUCUGGUCAGUCCCUCGGAGCAAGCCACCAGUGCACCUUCUGCCCAAAACGAUUCUUUCUGCGGUCUGACUUGACGAGGCACCUGCGCACCCACACAGGGGAGAAACCCUUCAAGUGCCCAUACUGUGAGCACAGUACAGCCAUCAAAUACAACCUUAAGAAGCAUCUCAUCAGCCGUCACAGUGUGGUCGAACAAGGCAUUAAACUGGAGGCGAUCCAAGGGGACGGGAGGAGUUUCUUCUGGGCUGACGCCAGGGUUGCCAUCAGGACUGCCAACUGUCAUGCCAUCAGCAGUAUCGCCAGGACUGUCGGGAGGAGGACCUCACAUUUGCCACUAUUGUUCCCGACCAUUCUACUUACGGUCAGACCUAACACGGCACCUGAGAAUCCAUACAGGAGAGAAGCCCUUUAGGUGUCCUUAUUGUGAACACACGACAGCCAGGAAAUCCAGUUUGAAAAAGCAUUUAUUAAGCAAGCACACCCAAAUUGCCAAUAGUUGAGUUUAGGAAUUUUUAUAUAAAUAUAUAUAUAUCUUGCUAAUGUUUACAAGAGAAUGAAGUUUUUCAUUUCAAAAUUUAAGAUCUGUUUUAAGCAAAUUCUUAUUUUUUUUAACAUUUGUACUCAUGAUUAGCAUUGCUACUAAUACCAAAGAAUUUUUAAUAUUACAAUUUUUAUGUGAUGGAAUGUCAUAAAUGUACUUAAUUAGAGUCCACAAAUACAAUUAGCAUCACUUCCUCUGCAAUGAAUAUGUAAGGUUAUCUUUUUUGUAUAUUUUACUUUGAACUUGAGUUUUAUUAUACACAGACUCCAAGGUCAUUGUUUAAGUUAUUGCAGAUAAGAUUUAUUGAUGCCAUCAUGCCAUACUAGUUUACAAAAAAAAUGUUUUGUUAUUUUCAUAACCCCCAAAAUAUACAAAGAUCAUCUUAUCUGCAUAGCAUACAAAUUGUAUGAAUUCCUUUGAAAUGUACGUUCUGAAUUUGAGAAUGUAUCUUGGUGUCAUAUUUUUUUCCCAAUCUCAAAAUACACUUAUAUCCAAGAGGGUCACUUUGUUUGUGUGUAUAUAAUUUAUAUAUCAAAGGUAGGGUAUUAUUUGGCAUUAUCUUCCACUUCUUUUUACAUUUCUGUGAAGUCUUUCAUCUUGGCAGAUUUUACAAAUAGGCUCCAGUGUAAACUGCUGUCAUUAUUAUGAUAAGAGAGUUAAGAGUUGUGGGGAAGAAAGAAUUUUAAAGAUUUUUUCUUUGCCUUUAGUGCUAUAGUUGUAUAAUUCAUUAUUAUGCCAUAUUUGUCACUAUUAUUUUUAGUAAUGUCUUCUGACUGCAUUAUGAUAUUUGCAGCUCAACAGUACACUAAAAUGCACUCCUUUUAAUAUGUGUUUUAGUCCAUUCCUUCUGGAACAUGACUGACAAAAUUUUAUGCAGCACACACACACACACACACACACACACACACACACACACACACACACACACACACACACACACACACACACACACACACACACACACACACACUCUCUCUCUCUCUCUCUCUCUCUCUCUCUCUCUCUCUCUCUCUCUCUCUCUCUCUCUCUCUCUCUCUCUCUCUCUCUCUCUCUCUCUCUCUCCUUAUUUUCUUCAUCCCAUAGAUUUUUAAGAAUUAUACUAUUUGGUCAGAAGUUUAGUCUUCAUUAAUAUUGAUAUUACGUUUAUUUUUUUAAAACAUAGUAUUGCUGUGAUAUUGAAAUUUCACUCUUUUGGAACCCACAACACCAGCAAUUUAUCGUCUUAAUUAUUGGAGAUAAAUUCUCCCUCUCCCUCUCUCCCCCCCCUCCCUCUCCCUCCCUCCCAACAAGUCACUGAUCUAACCUACAUUAGGCAAUUUCCCCUCAAAAAUAUAAUGAAUGACCUUAGAGGAGUCACUUCCUCAAAGCCAUGUUUGCUGGUACACAUUUUAUAGGUUAGCUUUACUUAUAUCUUGCUUUCUCCUCCUCUACCUCCUCCUUGUCCUUGUCCUUCUUCCUGUUUUAUUCUUUUUACCCUUUUUACCAUUCACACAUUUUAUGAAGUGUACAUAGAUAUUUAAUUUUUGGGCAUCUCCUUUUAAUAUGUAAAUGAGAACAUUUACGUUAUUCACAGGCUUUUUCUAACACUUUAUAUUAAUUAGUUUUAUGAAUAUUGUCUGUAUACUGGAUACUUAUUCAUUUUCUGUAGCAGCUUUUAUUAAUAAGUUGUAAUCAGUUUUGUCUUUCAUAUGCAUGUUAUUCAGAGUUUUAGGGAAAAUAUAUUAUUUUAACCAAUCUAUUUGAAUGUUAUUUUUUCUCUCUCUCUCUCUCUGUCUUAAUGGUUAGUAGAUAUCUCAAAAAGCAAUAUGUGUUUAUUUUGUAAGACUUGAUGAUAAGUCUAGAGUAUUUUAUUUGUUGUAAUAUUUGUAAUUAUAUGGAACACAAUUUGGAAUAUGAAAUUAAAGUGAAAGCAACAGAAGUAGUCAUGAAGAAA